AUGUAUCCGAGAAACAACAAAUGUCGGUUGAAUGAGGAAAUCGUCCUUGGAAACGCUGAAAAUGUCGAUAAGCGAUCAUGUAUAGCCUCGCCAGACACAACCGCUAUUUACUACGGCGCGAGCAAGGUUGCUACUGCUCAAGCUAUAUUUCAUGGCUCAGGUAUACAGCACUCCGGCCAAGGGGAUUUCGUCGUCCAGGGUAACAUUAACGUUACGUCAAAUCCAUUACCGAAGGAUAAAGAGGCCGAGAAAGAGCGUAAGGAGGAAGAGCGCAUAACGGCAGAAUGUAAGAAGGUACUAUUUGUGAUUGAUCCUACUGAAGACCGAGACAUGUUAAAACGCAAGAAAGGAAGCCGUGCAACCGGAACUUGCGAAUGGAUCUUCAAUACAACUGAACUCACUAGUUGGCUUCGACCAGAUGAGGGCAAUCCGGGGUCUCGACCACAAAGUGUCCUAUGGCUCCAUGGGAAUCCCGGGAUGGGAAAGUCAACCAUGGCGAUAUAUUUCACUGAGGAACUGUCGAAGCAGUUCGAGCCAGAUAAACCAGGGGAAACGGUUGACAAGAGGACACUGGCCUACUUCUUCUGUGACACUAACUUCGAGAAGCGAAAGACAGCGACUUCAAUCGUAAAGGGUCUUCUCUAUCAACUGGUUCAGGUACAUGACAACCUUCUCUCGAGGUAUAUCUUACCGAAAUAUAAAGAGCGAAAAGAUCAAAUGUUUACGUCAAUUGAUGCUCUAUGGGCGCUUUUUAUUGCUGCAGCGGCAGACCAGGACACUGGUCGGAAAUAUUGCAUUAUUGAUGCACUGGAUGAAUGCGACAGCGACUCUCAAGAGGUCUUGUUAUAUCAUCUACAGGAGACAUUUCAUUAUCAAGAUAAAGCCCCGUCAAAUGUUCGUUUCUUGAUUACAAGCCGACCAUAUCCGGAAAUCCGGGAAUGCCUUCAAGUUUUCACAAACAAAGACCUGGCCACCUUUUACCAAAUGAGACAAGACAUAGACCGUUGCAUAUAUGAACGAGUCAACGACCUCUCCAAGAAAAAACAGUACACAGAUAAAGUCAAGAGAGAAAUUAGCAUUAUACUCAGGGAAAAGGCCGAAGGAACCUUUUUGUGGAUUGUAUUGGCAUGUGAGGAACUAAAGAGAAAGCCUUCCAAGGAUGCUAUCCAUUUCUUGCAGACCAUGCCAAAAGGUCUCACCUCUUUAUACGAGAAGCUACUCCAGACGGCGGUCGAGGACGAAUACAGCGACAAUACUGUUCGACGCAUUCUGGGCUUCAUUACCGUAUCGUUCGAAGCGUUGAGCGUACUGGAGCUUGCUGAUGCUUGCCAACUCCACCAAGAUGAACCAGAUGUGCAGACUCGAAUACAGUACACUCGGGAUCAAAUUGCAUCCUGCCGCCUCUUGGUGAUAAUCCAGGACGAAAAGGUGCAAUUACUGCAUCAAUCCGUGAGGGAUUUUUUAGUUGGACCUGGCUCCAAUUCUUUCGUUGAUAGACUCAAUGCGCACGUCAGCGCAGCCUCUCGUUGUAUCAAUUUUUUGGUCGAGGCAACUCGUGGCAGUUUCUUCCGUUACGCAUCGGCAUAUUGGCCACAGCAUGCACGUGAGGCACAGGAGAGGUUCGAAAUAUGCAGAUCACAAAUACAAUUCUUUGAGGCAAACUCGCCAUCAAUGAAGUCCUGGCUAGUACAUCAUCCGGGAACGUCGGGGUUCUCACUGUUGCAUGUUGCUGCGCGGUGGGAACUUCCAACACUGAUGGAAUAUGCUUUAGGUCUGCGAAACGUUUAUCUCAUGAAUGGAGAGUCGAUAUUCAUUGGCAAACUGGACGUGAAUCGUCUCGAUUUGCAACACAGAUUGCCGCUGGCUCUGGCUCUUGAGUGGGGAGCAGGGAGCGGUGGCAUUGAGAUUGUGGACAUGUUGCUACAGGCUGGCGUAAUUGUGCGCAAAGAGGACGUAAAAAAGGCAAUCCAACGUUAUCACAAGCAUCCUGAAGUGGUGUUAUUACUGCUUGAGCGUUUAGAAGACCGAAAGGCAUUUACACAGAGCAUCAUGAUGGAUCUAGUACAUCAAGUGCGUAUUCAAUUGCUAUCGGCAAUUCUAAGCAAGUAUGGACAUCAAGUCUUGAUCACAGGGGAUAUAAUAAUCGCUGCGAUAAGAAAUGAACGACAGGGCAAAAGUAUCAUGGAAUUGUUUCUGCGACACCAAAGCAACCAGGCUAUUAUCACCAAAGGCGUGAUAUUUGAGGCAGUGAUGAAUCAUCACCGAUCUAAGGACAUUAUUUACUUAAUUUCCCAAAAGACGAGAAACCCAGUCGCCAUUAUGGAAGACGCGAUGGUCACUGCGGCAAUGUACUUUUCCGUGAUCAGGGAGCUCAUUGAAUUUCUUAUCCAGGGUGGAGGCAGUGUUACAAUUACCAAAAAGAUACUGGAGACAGUGUUAUAUGAUGGAUUUUUGGGAUAUAAGCAUCAGGCUGCAUUUGUUGGAUUAGUCUUUCAAAACCAAGGCACGCUUGAUUUCACUAGCGAAGCAUUUGCUGCUAUUAUUGAGUUUAGGCAAUCUCAUAUUAGCGAGAGCACAGUGGUCGAGGAUGAUGAGAGGAAUUCCGAAGAAGCCAGUGAAAUUGACAAUCUGUUACUUGAAGACUCGUAA